AUGGUUGGAGUUUCAAAAAAGUCGUUCAUAAAGAAAGAGGUCCCUAAACGUUCACGAGCAUUCAGUACAAGAGCUAAGACAGGUUGCAAAACCUGCAAAGUCCGGCAUGUGAAAUGCGACGAAGGAAGACCUGGGUGUAAGAAAUGUUUCCAGACGGGUAGAAAAUGUGACGGCUAUGCCCACUGUGCUCCUAGUCCGAAUCCUAAAUCAAGUGCAAUUUCAUCUGCUAUCGUCUCGAAUUCUUUCAACGGUAUCACAAAUCAACUACCGCCAGCAAUUCCUGAUUUUCUGUCCCCAUCUCUAUCUGUUAGUGACCGGGAGCAGCACUCUUUCAACUUUUUCCACACACAAAGUGCACCUCAACUAGGCAGUUGUUUCGGCUCGAAAUUUUGGAAUCAUUUCGUUCUACAGGCCUCUCAUCAUGAGCCGGCAGUUCGACAUGCGGCUAUUGCCCUCGGUUCUUUGCAUGAGAGGUUCGAGUUGGAGGACAAAUUUAUCUCUAAGAUGACAGGUGAUACCGAAGAGAAUUCCUUUGCUUUAAAACAAGGACACCACGACUCUGCCCUCGCACACAUUGAUGGUGGGGUAAAGAUUUUCUCAGAACUACAAGUAUCAGGAGAAUCGAAAGCUAUCCCAAUCGAAGACCCUCCUGAAGAUCACAUUCCUGUCUCGAUAUUUCGUGUUCUAUUUAGCCGGCUUGAUACGCAAGCCUCUGUUUUGAACUCAAGGGCACGCAUAAUUGAUGGCGGAUCCGACUCGCCACCGAACUCUAUUCCAGACAGAUUUCUGAGCGUUGAGCAAGCGCGUGAGGUGCUGGAAUCAAUUUGGACAUUCAGCGGAAGAAGUCUCCUAUCCUGUUCCAUGUACAAUGGUGUCCCCCUUCCACUCCCUACCAGCGAUGAAGCUAAACUUCUAAUAUUAUCUCGCCUCGAAAGAUGGAACCGAGCAUUUGAGUUAUAUUCAUGCGCAACAAACGAAACUGAUUGCAUCGAAUUAGCCAAUCCAAUGGAGAAGCGAGCGAGGAACCUGCUCCGCAUGCACAAAACGAUGACAAAAAUAUUGGUCACAACUUCCACAACUUAUCCUACUGUAUCCAAUGAACCAGAUGAGCUAUUGUGGGAUAAAUUCCAGUUAGAAUUCGAAGCAGUGGUGAGAUGGGCCUUCGAAAUUAUCGACAUACCACCCAAUUUCCGAAGGGGAGGUCGCAAGGCAGCAAGUUUUACAUUAGACAAUGAGAUACUUCAGCCAUUAUUCCUGGUAGCCACAAAAUGUCGACAUAGAAGCAUAAGGAACGAAGCCAUCCAAUUAUUGAAACAAGCUGAUAGACAAGAAGGUUUGUGGAAUAGUCUGCUGAGCGCAAGAGUAGCCGAGAGAGUUCGUGAUAUUGAAGAAGCUGGUCUGAGCGAAGGAAUGGAGAUAGUCCCAGAAUCCAAGCGCCUAAGGAAUAUUACUAUGAAGUUUGAGUUUGACGGUUGUCAUGGGAGAAGAGCGUGGCUUGCAUAUCUUUCUCCUUCCACGUAUGAUGGCGGAGAAUGGAUUCAACUUUAUCAAGGUGAUACAGCAUCUGAGACUGUCAAAACAGUGAGCGGGUGGACAUGUUCAUAUAUUCAGAGAUAA